UGUCAAAGUUGAAUUCUGUUUUCUCUGUGAUUUUUUAUGAGUAAACUUUAAAGCAUUUUCGGCAUUUAAAUUUCACUUUUAAUAAUUUAAAUAAACGUUGAAGAACCAGAAAAUUAAUCAUGUUAACAAUCAACACUUCAUAAAUAAUUUAAAAUAAAGCAAACAUGGAAACUAAAAAAAUAUCUUUUAGCUUUAUGAAAACCAAGAAACAGGAAAAGCCAGUAGCUACCGAACAGAAGGAAUACAUUGAAUGUGUGGAAGAGAAGUCCAUAAAAGUUGUUGGUGGUGAAGAGGUAAAAGAUGAGGCGCCCUUGGUCAUACCUAUGAAGCCCAAUACAAUGAUAACAGCAGAACGGCUUCGCCAAAUAGCUGAAAAAGUUGAAAAUUUUGAAGACCAACCCGUUCAAGAUGAGAACAAUGCUAUACCCGAUGUUAAAAAUGAGAAUGAAACUCUGGAACAAAUGGCUGCUCGGGAAUUGUUGGAAGAAGCACAGAAAAAGACUGCAGUUGACACUGUCUCUUCUUUAGUUUUGCCAGUGCCAGCUCAGCCUGUGCUUGAGGGACAAAAGGAGUCAACAUUAGAUGAUUAUGAAUCUGUGCCUAUACAAGAUUUUGGGCUGGCCAUGCUGCGUGGAAUGGGCUGGGCACCAGGAAAAGAACAAUCAAAAUAUAAACAUCCGGAGCUUCGACCCAAAGGUCUAGGAUUAGGAGCUGAUAAAGUAAUUAAGGAAAAUCAAAAGAAAAAAUCAAAGUCUAAAGAUAAUGAGGAAGAGCUUGCGAUUGUAAAAAAAUCGUUCGUGAAAAUUACGACGGGUAAAUAUGCCGGAUUCUAUGGACAGGUUGUAAGCCUCGAUGAAGAAAACGGAAGGGCAAUGGUUGAUAUUCCAAUAAAAAAAGAAACGGUCAGCUUGAGUGAGUUCAUGAUGCAGCCAGUACCAAAAUCUGAAUAUGACAGAGAAUCUAAAGUCAUCAACGCUGAUUCAUAUCAAGAAUAUAAAAAACAGGAAAGCAUACAGAAACCUCCAAAAAAGCCCUCAAAGACUGAUAGAGAUAGUUCAUCUUACAAUAGGAAUUCUGAUGAUAGGAAGCCGAAAGAAUAUGAAAGCCUAUCAAAUAAUAAGAAUAGAACAGGAGACAGAAGAUAUCAUUCGCCUGAUAGUGACAAGGAGACAAGGCGUAGAAAUAAAUCAAGCAGAAAGUACAGCAGUAAUGAAUCCCUUAAUUCGUCUGAUUCAGAAUACAACAAAUCGAAAGAUAGAAGAAGAAAUAGUACCAGCAGUGACUCAUCCUCCAAUUAUAAGCACAAGAAAAAGAGCCACAGCAAGAGUUCGAAAGAAAAACGUGACAUUGAUAAGAAAAGGAAAGGGAAAAAGAAAAAAAGAGAUAGAGAUAGAUCGCCUAAUUAUAAGAAAUAUAGAAAAUAAGAAUAUUGGAAUUGUAAUUUUUAUUAUACUGAAUUUUUAAAGCUGUUGUUUUUUAGAUCCCUGCGGUGAAUGUAUAA